AUGCUGGUAACGGGCACAGAACGAGGAGGGGCAGAGGACAAGGCCGGGGAUGUGGGAGAAGAGAACACGACUCUGAGCAGAUUUUGCCCUGGGUACACCGGCACCAAGAUCCAGGUUCUCAAUGUUGAUACCUUUGAUGCCGGGAUCCAGGAACUCAGUAACAACAGUAACCCGUCAAGCACCACAAUGACGGAACCCACACCACCCGCUCCCGUUGCCGUCCUGAACAUGGCUAGCGACUUUGCUCUAGGCGGAGAAUGGCUUGGUGGGGCACGAGCGCAGGAGGAAGCUCUUUGCAGACGCAGCACACUCACUGUAUCACUCAAGCAGUCUUUCUAUCCCACGCCCGCUAACGCCGUGAUCUACAGCCACGCCGUCAUGAUAUUCUGA